AUGGCCGACUCGUUGACUUCCCGCACGUACUUUGACAACAUCUACAUCCCCGCUGGACUCCUCGUCCUCGGGGUGUACAUCGUCAAGAGUGAAUGGCUCGUGUACGCUGUUCCCCUGACGCUUGCUCUGGCCGCUUACAAGUUCAACUCCAUGCAAAUCAAGAAGGUUCUGAAGCCCGAUGCCUUCCAGGACUUUGAGCUCAAGGAGAAGACCAUUCUCUCUCACAACACCGCCAUCUACCGCUUCGGUCUCCCCUCCGAGAAGCAUGUCCUCGGUCUCCCCAUCGGCCAGCACAUCUCUAUUGGCGCCGAAUGCCCCCAGCCCGAUGGCACCACCAAGGAGAUCGUGCGCUCCUACACCCCCAUCUCUGGCGACCACCAGCCCGGCUACUUUGACCUCUUGAUCAAGUCCUACCCCACCGGUAACAUCUCCAAGCACAUGGCCUCGCUCAAGGUCGGCCAGACGCUCAAGGUCAAGGGUCCCAAGGGCGCUUUUGUCUACACUCCCAACAUGGUCCGCCAUUUUGGUAUGAUUGCUGGUGGCACCGGUAUCACUCCCAUGCUCCAGAUCAUCCGCGCUGUCAUCCGCGGCCGCGCCGCCGGCGACAAGACUGAGAUCGACCUCAUUUUCGCCAACGUUACGCCCCAGGACAUUCUGCUCAAGGAGGACCUUGACGCCUUAGCUAAGGAGGACAGCGGCUUCCGCGUGCACUACGUUCUGGACAGGCCCCCUGAGGGCUGGACCGGCGGCGUCGGCUAUGUCACCGGCGACAUGAUCACCAAACUCCUCCCUAAGGCCGCCGAUGAUGUUAAGCUUCUGCUUUGCGGUCCCCCACCUAUGGUCAGCGGCCUCAAGAAGACUGCCGAGAGCCUGGGCUUCAAGAAGGCUCGCCCUGUCAGCAAGCUCGAGGACCAGGUCUUCGCCUUCUAA